AUGAGUAGAGGUGCGCAAAUGUCCUCUCGCCAACAGACGGGUCGUCCUCAGGUGGAUCCGGAAGAUCUAUAUGUCCGACAACAUCGAAUCGGAAAGGGGUCGUUCGGCGAGGUCUACAAAGGUUACGAGAAGAGGACGACACUACCAGUGGCGAUCAAGAUCAUCGACCUAGAAGCUGCCGAAGAUGAGAUAGAGGACAUCCAGCUGGAGAUCCAGAUCCUCGGGCAGAUGGACAGCGAAUGGGUUACGAGGUACCAUGGUGCUUUCCUCAAGCAGUCUCAUCUCUGGAUUAUCAUGGAAUACUGUUCGGGCGGGAGUUGCGCGGAUCUCCUGAAAGCGGUAGGUGUGUUUCGCGAGGAAUACAUCUCUAUACUCGCUCGAGAACUUCUGAAAGGUCUGGAGUACCUCCAUGGAGAGAACAAGUUGCAUCGAGAUAUCAAAGCUGCAAACAUUCUUCUCACAUCGAGCGGUGGUGUGAAACUCGCCGACUUUGGUGUGUCUGGGCAACUCAGUGCGACAAUGACAAAGAAGAACACUUUUGUGGGAACGCCCUACUGGAUGAGUCCCGAAGUCAUCAAGCAGUCUGGCUACUCGUAUAGCGCCGAUAUCUGGAGUCUGGGUAUCACCUUGAUCGAAAUGGCGAAAGGAGAACCUCCGUAUGCCGAUUUGCAUCCAAUGAAGGUCCUUUUCCUGAUCCCCAGAAACCCACCACCGGUCCUCGAUGAGCGAUUCUCAAAGCCGUUCCGCGAAUUUGUCUCACUCUGUCUACAGCGGGACCCCAACUCGCGCCCGUCUGCAAAGGAAUUGCUGAAGCAUCGUUUCAUCCGAACGGCCAAGCGAAAAGAAUACCUGACAGAGCUGAUCGAGAAGGCGGCUAGCGAUCCUGCCGCGAACAAGGAGAAUCACGGCCCCAACACCGCCGUACAAACCGCGAAGUUUGGCCUGCCGGAUGACAAUUUGUGGGACUUUGGCACUGUGAGGAACGCGCUGCAUCCAGGGCAUAGCCCUUCCGUAAAGUCUACGAUCCGAGAACAAAGAGUGGAUCAGCCGGCACAGCCAGAAUCGAACUGGACCUCUACUGCUCAGCGAGCGCGAGGACCUCUCCCUCAAUUACCUGGACCGCCCACUGUAUCUGGACGUCCGGCUCCUCAGGCACAAGGCAGUCAUCGGGGCCGCGGAAAUGAGAUCUUUGAGACCAUUCGCCAUGCUCCUGCAGCCCCACAAGAUCGACAGGUCGGAACUGCUGCAGGUGGGAGCCGCGGUCAUGCUCGUGAUCGAGCUGGUCAUGGAACCGAACUGCAAAGGGAAGGAACCACGAGUCGGGAAGGUACGGAGGACUCGCUGGAAGCUUCUCCUCCUGAUACUCCGGGAGCUGCCCGUGACGGAGUCAGGCUAGAAGCUGAUCAACUGAUCAACAACGGGAUGGAUGACGCGAUGCUCGAUUCGGUCAUCAUACCCGCCCUUGACAAUUUGUCACUGCGGGUCCCCAACAACGAGGCCCGGCACGCCUUGCAAGCACUUCGACUCGCAUUCGAGGAAGCUGAGCGUUACGUCCCGGGUGUAUGCGUCGCAUUGGUCGCCGAGAUCGUGGAAAGCGUCGAGCAGGUGGACGACGAUGCCGACUGA